AUGAAAGUUGAGAAUACAGACAACAUGGAUUUCGAAUUAGAACCAACUUUAGAAUCGGUUAUCAAGCAAGAUACCUUGAAAUGGAUCUUCGUAGGUGGUAAAGGGGGUGUUGGUAAAACUACCACCUCAUCCUCAAUAGCUGUGCAAUUAGCUUUGAAUUAUCCUAAUGAUCAAUUUUUAUUGAUCUCAACUGAUCCAGCUCAUAAUUUAUCUGAUGCUUUUUGUCAAAAAUUCGGUAAAGAUGCAAGACCAGUUGAAGGAUUAACCAAUUUAUCAUGUAUGGAAAUUGACCCAGAAGCCGCCAUGUCAGAUUUACAACAACAAGCUAAUCAAUUCAAUAAUGAUCCUAACGAUCCUUUGAAAUCAAUGAUGAGUGAUAUGACUGGUUCUAUCCCAGGUAUCGAUGAAGCUUUAUCUUUCAUGGAAGUUUUGAAACACAUCAAGAACCAAAAGGUUGACGGUUCAGAAGCAAAUGCCAAUCAAGUCCAAUAUAAGACCAUCAUUUUUGAUACUGCUCCAACUGGUCAUACUUUAAGAUUUUUACAAUUACCUUCAACUUUGGGUAAAUUAUUAACUAAAUUCCAAGCUUUAAGUGGGAAAUUGGGUCCUAUGAUGUCCAUGUUAGGUGGGGGACAACAACAAAAACAAGAUAUGUUCGAAAAAUUGAAUGAAAUACAGAAAAAUGUCACUGAAGUCAAUGAACAAUUCACCAACCCAGAUUUAACCACCUUUGUAUGUGUUUGUAUCUCAGAAUUUUUAUCAUUAUAUGAAACUGAAAGAAUGAUUCAAGAAUUAAUGAGUUAUAAUAUGGAUGUUAAUUCCAUUGUUGUCAAUCAAUUACUUUUCGCCGAUAAUGAUGAAAAUUGUAAGAGAUGUACUUCAAGAUGGAAAAUGCAAAAGAAAUAUUUGGAUCAAAUGGGUGAAUUAUAUGAAGAUUAUCAUUUAGUUAAAAUGCCAUUAUUAGGUUGUGAAAUUAGAGGUGUUGAGAAUUUGAAGAAAUUUUCUAGAUAUUUGUUAACUCCUUAUGAUCCUAGAGUUAACGGUAAUCUUGUUUAUGAAUUAGAAGAAAAAUAA